GCAUGGCCGUUUCCGACCUCCAGCUGUCUUUUAUUAUCGAUCGUGAAUGUGAAUUGUGUUUCAUCUUUUCUAUUCGCAAUAUUUAAAGUUCAAAUUAAUUAGUUUGUUCCGCGGAAGCGUUAUUUUAUGAUGAAAAUAACCUUUAUUGAAUCGCGAACAAGUUUGUAAACAGCGAAGUAUCUUUAUUAUAGUGUUUUCUAUCAUGGAAAGUUUAUUUGACGAUUAUGCGUUCGGCGGCGGUUUCCCGGAAGUUGUAGAUAGAAAAUUCGAUCCUCUGAAACGCGAAGAACCAAGUACGUCGAAUGAAAUAUUCGAUUUCGGUAAACCUGAAUCAGUUUCCAAACCUAACACCGAGCAUGAUAUUCUGAGUGAAGUAUCUUCUUACACCAAAGUAAAAAGUGAACCGGUCAGUCGUAGUACUCCAACGUUCGACGAAUCAGGAUUCAAAUAUUUACUCAACAAGUCGCCGAUUGAGAACGAACCCAAGAAAUCUAGUAAAAAUAAGAAAGAAACCGAAGAAGAGGAAAGAGAAAAAAUGCAAGUACUUGUUUCCAAUUUCACCGAAGAACAACUUGAUCGUUAUGAAAUGUACAGAAGAGCGGCGUUUCCUAAAGCAGCUAUUAAACGAAUAAUGCAAGUCAUCACCGGUAACUCAGUAUCCCAAAAUGUUGUCAUCGCGAUGUCCGGUAUAGCUAAAGUGUUCGUCGGCGAAAUCGUCGAAGAAGCUUUGGAUAUCAUGGAAGCUCAACAUGACGCUGGACCUUUACAACCGAAACAUUUAAGAGAAGCUGCUCGAAGACUACGAUCUAAAGGGAAAAUACCGAGUUUACGAGAUAAGAAACCGAACUAUCGAUUCUGAAGAUCUUUAUGCCGAUGAGUUGUCGAUCAUGUUGAACAUACGUGUAAGUGAUGCAUUGAUACUGUGAAUUGUAUGGGAUAUCGAAGUGUUGGAAACGAUUUACCUAAUGUCGUUCUCGUUAUGGUUGCAAAUGCAUUAUUAUGGUAUUGCAUUUGUGUAACGUGUAAUAUUCUACGUUGCUGUUGCGUUCGCCACUCCAAGACGAGUAUCAGGAAUGGGAAUGCCCUUGUCGAACUUGAAUGUUAUUUAUGGAAAGCAAGAUAUUCUGAUGUUGAACGUUUUUCCUCUGGUGGAGAAGUGAUAACACUGGUGACCAAUAUUUUCAUUUAAUUUGAUAUUGACGAGUGUAAUAUUAUUUAUUGAACUGAUUGUGAUAUUGUGUUGAAUCGACAAUGGUUUGAUAGAAAUUAAUAUAAAAGUAUUUUCAAGUGUACGUAACAGAAUUCUCCUUUUGAUCAGGACAUGAAAUUGUAACCUAAAACGAAAACUGCAAAAAUAUGAAAGAAUCACCCAUAAAUCAGCCAAUCCCGAAAUUGUAGCUAGGUACAGAAAAUGCCUGAUGAAUAGCUUUGGUGAAAGCUACAGGCGAAAUUUUCAAGCCCUGAGGCAACACAGUAAAUACAUACGGUUCAUUUUCAGAGGAGGAAACUUAAUUGUAUGUAGUUCAAUUAGGCCUAUUUUGGCUUACUGUCUUUUAAAAGCAUAAGCAGGAGACAAAAACAAUUAAGAGGUACAAUAUGCUAUAUUCUAACUACUUUCGUUGAUUUUAUUCAAAAAUCAAAAAUUGAUAUUCCUAUUCCUAUCUAUUCUCUUCAUAAUUUUUUAUUGCUACCUUUGUCACAUCUAUCUUCAGAUUUUAAGUAAGAUCAUUUCAUUUACAUUUUUUUUUCAAUUAUUUGUAAUGGAGUAAUGAAUCAAGAAACACCAAUUUUUUAAAUAAUUUUUGCUGCUUUUAUUUUAUGAUGAAUCAAAAUUAAACCAUCUGUCAGAUUGAAAUUUUCAUACUUACUACAGAUUAACUUGAAAAUGGUUACCCUGACUAGCAUUUAUCAAAUUUAUGUUUUGUUUUGAUAAAAAUAUUUUUCUUAUUACAGUUCAUUAAAUAAACACUGAUCAUGAUUACAUAAGUAUACAAUACUUACAUAUAAAACGUAUUCUAUUCAAUUAACAUUAUUAUCAGUAAAGAAAUGCGUUUAAAAAAAUGAAAAUUUGCUAUUAUUAUUUUACAUAAAAAAACAUACAGUAGACUCCCGAUUAUCCGAUGUCAAUUGGGGUGGAGAGGCAUCGGAUAACUCGAAAAGUCGGAUAAUCAAUUUUUGAUUUUUUACCAAAAUUUAAUGAAUAAAAGUCAAGACACAAAAAGAAUAUAAUUAAAAACUUUAAAAUUACGUACCUGGGGUAACAGAAAAACUCAAUACAUCAGAUUUGUCAAUUUUUUUAUCAAAAAAGGUACGUGUUGGUGAUAUUGUAACUUGCAUUGCAAUAGAAAUGACUUUUCAUGCUUCGUAGCUUAGUACAUGUUUUAUACAAGACAAAAACCGUAAUUUGACAUAAAACACUAUCCGACUUUUUUUGGUCGGUUAAUCGGAAGACUUCGGAUGCACUUUUUAAAUCGGAUAAUCGGAGGACGGAUAAUCAAGAGUCUUCUGUACCAAUUUUGAAAGAGGAAAAAUAAUUUUAAAAACUACUUACUUCUAAUUAAUGUUUUUAAAAACAGAUUAACAGAAUUUUCGCUGAUCUUAGAGUUAUUGAAGCAUACAACUCCGCAAUCUAAGGACAAAAUGAAAAUAUAUCUGCAGGGUGCGGCAUCUUUAACGACCCAUUUUGGUAACACUGUUAUUGUCUCAUCCACAUGUCCGAGAAAAAAAAAUGAGUACGUGGUUGGAAAGAGGAUAAAAUGCCAUUAUAAAAAAGUUAAUUUGAUUUUAAGAACUACAACUACACAAUGUUUACCAGUACUUUUUUCAAAAUUCAUCAUUUUUCAAAACUUUUAUAACAUUCUCCAAAAUUGUUUUGUCAAUUGCGGCACAUUCAGCGCGAAUUCUUUUCUUCAAAUCUUCCAAAUCAUGAACUUUGGUUAAGUAUACUUUUUUACUUGAGAUGUCCCCAUAGAAAAAAGCCACAGCCAUUGAGAUCCGGUGACCGCAGUGGCCAAAGAAUGGAGCUGUUUUUUGAGAUUCUGUUCCCUAAUAUCUUCUCCAAAAGUUAAAUUGUCCUUGAUCCUUGAACAGGUGUGUCAGUGUGUAGUGGCACCAUCUGCUCUUCACAGAAAACGAAUAUUGUCUACUUCUUAUUUUCAACAAGAUGGGACCAUUGCGCACACCUGUUCAAGGAUCAAGGACAAUUCAACUUUUGGAGAAGAUGUUUGGGAACAGAAUCAUCUCAAAAAACGCCUCUCUCCAUUAAAAAUUUGUCAACACAUGGAGCACCUCAUCCUGCCAAUAUUAGGAUUUAUAUGGCAAUUAUGUCUUCUUUUUUACACCUACAGCAUGCUUUUUUACAAUUAUUAUGCUCGAUUUUAGUGAUUUUGUCCAUACAUUAGAUUUACUUUAUAUGUAGCUUGUACAUCACUUUGAAAUAGUACAAGAGUUUUCCUGCUAUGAUCUGCUUCAUUUCAUUAUAUAAACAUCAAUUUUAUAAUCAUGUAGAUAAUCUGGGAAUUUUUGAAGCUCAGCAGGACCCCUUCAAGAAUAGAGCCCGUACCUACUUUGAGUAUCUUCAAAAGAGCAGGUAACUAAAAAAGUCACCAGUACCCAACUAACAUUUAAAUAUUGCAAAAAAAUGGACAUUUUGUAUUUUUUUAAAAAAAAGCAGAGCAUUUUUCAAAAAAAUAUUGGGUACAUUGGAAUUUUUUCCACAAAAAAAAAUUACCUCAAGGAUCACAGCAAGUCACUUUUAAAGUAACUUAGUCACUUACUUAUCAAAACAUUAAUUUUCAAAAUCUUCGUGAUUGGUGCCAAUAGACAAGAUAAAAAAGUGAAAUAUGGUUCAUGUACUUGUACUUACAAGUUACAUCAUCAUUCACUAAAGUCAUAUUCUCUGGGAAUACAUUUACUGGUUGUUUUACUUUAAAUUCUUCAAUCACAAAAAUAUGUUUGUAAAAAUUAUCCAAUCCAUUUACUUAUACAAUGGUCAUCACAUUUUUCCCAUAUCCACUUGGCAAGAAUGUGUAUACUUUAGGCCAAAAAUUUCUUCCUAGUGUUCAACUCUUGUUCGCAUCUUUACAAGUUUACAAUGGCAUAGUAAGUGUAACUUUCAGCCCACUCUUCAAAUGGAAAGAGAGUCUCGUCCUUGGAAAUGCAAAAAGGAAUGAGGUGUCUCCUUGCUGCUUCAAAGAUUUCAAAAUCUCAAUAAUUUGUGUCAAUAGACAAGAUACUGCAUUCGCUUCUCAUUGAUUUUAUGGUAUACUUGUCUCAAAUUAGCUGUUUGGGCAGGCAUAUUAGUUGUCAGUUGUCACAUUCUCCUUAUACAAUUACAACAAUGUUUUUAGCUUUUGAUUGCCUUGGGAUAUUUGUGUUAAUUGCAGUGUCUCCUAUAUGCUUCAUUCACAACACUUGGCAAUUAUUAAUUCAUUAUCAAUUCUGAAUAGAAUAUAAUUCAUUUAAUUUAACAGAAUGAUACACAUUUUCCAUAUCAUUGCAAUAAUAUGAUGUUUUUAUCUCAUAAAUUCUUCUAUCACUGUAAAUAAAAAUAUUUAUGUAAAAAUUAUCCAAUCCAAUUUACUUAUAGGAUGGUCAUCACAUUUUUCCCAAAUCCAUUCCCACUUCAAGUGGUGCUCAUAUAAGACAGUCAGUCAGAUUGGAUUCUAUUUUGGAUGAGAUUGGCAAGAAUGUGUAUCCUUUAGGCCAAAAAUUUCUUCCCAGUGUUGAACUCUUGUUCACAUCUUUAUAAUGGCGUAGUAAGUGUAACUUUCAGCCCACUCUUCAAAUGGUAAGAAAGUCAUGUCCUUGGAUAUGCAAAAAGGAAUGAGGUGUCUCCUUGCUGCUUCAAAGAUUUCAAAAUCUUAAUAAUUAGUGCUAAUAGACAAGAUACUGCAUUCAUCAGUUGUCACAUUCUCCUUAUUCAAUUACCACAACGUUUUUAGCUUUUGGUUGCCUCCGAACAUUUGUAUUGAUUGCAGUGUCUCCUUAAUGCUUCAUUCACAACACGUCAAUCACGUGACUUCAUCUCCUUUCGAGCUUUGUCGCAAAUAUUGCAAACUGCAUCCGGUAAGGUUUCAUCUUUAGAUACCUAAAAUUUCAAUUAAUAUGAUUAAAUAUGUAAGUACACAAAUUGACAAAUACAAUGUGACUAAUGUAGAAUGAAAUUGAAUUAACUUCAAUUUUUUUUAUUUAAUUUAGACACAAUCGUAGGAGUGUGUAUCUCGGUAAUUUGGUCUUUGUAACUGUAAGCUACAUAAACAAUUAAAAUCCUUCUCAUGAAAAAAAUAAUUGAAUAUUCUAAAGAUUUGCAAGUUUUGUAAUCACAUACACAAUUCAAUAGUAUAUUGUGGUUAAUGUAGAAUAAAAUUGAGUUGCUUUCUUUAUCAUGUUUAGUAUUAUAUCCUAGCUCCUCCAGGCAAUAAAAAAUGCCUAUUGGGUCAUACAAUUAUUAUUUUCUUGACAAAUUAGGAAGCACAUCUUAAUGUUUUCUCUAACUAGAGAAAUAGUGAUUAAAAGACAGAGAAACAGGAGUAAAGAAUGAACACUAGCCUUGAUCAGUUCUUGUAUUUUCUUCUUUACAAACAAGCAAUAAUAAGAAAAAUAAGAAAAAAAAUUAAAGCAAAAAAUGUAACAAAGAUAAGAGUCUCAGUUACAUGUAGGCUUUGACUUGAUCUCCAUUAACUUGGACACAAAACUCAAAUUUUUCAAGUGCUGAUUGAAUAGCUUUACAGCACAUCUCAGGAGUAAUUAGUUAGGUUACUCUAGUUAUUUCUUCCCUCAAACAGUUGAGGUCUCAAAUUCUUGAAGUGUGAAAUUGUUCCUUUAACACCCCCCACUUCCCCACUACCAAAAGUCACAUGUGGUAAGAUCUGGGCUGUAAGGUUACCAUGAAAUUGGUCCACCAUGACCAAUCCAUUGACUUGGAAACUGAUGUAAAGCUCUAACAACUAGAGUGAAAUGACACAGUACUCCAUCUUGUCAAAGUUGUAAUGAAAGGUUUGGAAGUAGAGAUGUUGUGAUUCUCAGGCUAAAGGAAUGAAAGCUAUAAGUGUAAUUUUGUAUUGGUAUACAAGACAUUUAAAAUAUAUGGACAAAAAUAAUUGAAAAACACUUGUAAUGAAAAGUAGGUAAAUUAUUUCAAUAAUAAAGAACCUUUGAAAGCAUUGAAAUUAAACUCACAAGCACAAGUAAAAUAGUAGGUGAAUUAUUUUGGUAAUAAGGAACCUUUAAAAACAUUAAAAUAAUAUAAACUUACAAACACAAGUAAAAUAGUUAGUACCUAAAUAAAUUAUUUUUGUGAUGUUUCCACUGAUAAGAGGUGUGUAUAAGAUGCUGCAAUUGCUCCCAAAAGCCUCACUCUCCAGAAUUGAGUUCUUUAGGUUUCCAUAAGUUUCACAUCAUGGAACUCAUAGAGCUGAUCACUAAAUUGUGCAAAAAGUUGUCCACUUUCUAAGAUUUUAUCUCACCCAAACAUGGGAAUUCUUCGAUUAUUGUCAAGUUGAAUUGUAAUAGCUCUAUAUGUGCUGCAAUGAAAAGUUUUGAGUGGUUUAGGUGAGUAUAACAGAGAUGUUGCAAUUCUCAGGCUAAAAGAAUGAAAGCUAUUAGUUUAGUGUAAUUUUGUAUUGGUCUACAAGACUUAUAAAAUAUAUUGACAAAAAAGAUUUAAAAAAAACACUUGUAAGGAAAAGCAGGUAAAUUAUUUUGGUAAUAAGAAUAAGAAACCUUUAAAAACAUUAAAAUAAUAUAAACUCACAAACACAAGUAAAAUAGUUAGUACCUAGAUAAAUUAUUUUUGUGAUGUUGCCACUGAUAAGAGGUGUGUAUAAGAUGCUGCAAUUACUCCUAAAAACCUCACUCUCCAGAAUUGAGUUCUUUAGGUUUCCACAAGUUUCACAUCAUGGAACUCAUAGAGCAGAUCACUAAAUUGUGCAAAAAGUUGUCCAGUUUCUACGAUUUUAUCUCACCCAAACAUGGGAAUUCUUUAAUUAUUGUCAAGUUGAAUUGUAAUAGCUCCAUAUGUGCUGCAAUGAAAAGUUUUGAGUGGUUUAGGUGAGUAUAAUAGAGAUGUUGCAAUUCUCAGGCUAAAAGAAUAAAAGCUAUAAGUUUAGUGUAGUUUUGUAUUGGCAUACAAGAAAAUAUAUAAAAUAUAUUGACAAAAAAGAUUAAAAAACGCUUGUAAGGAAAAGCAGGUAAAUUAUUUUGGUAAUAAGAAUAAGAAAACUUUAAAAAGAUUAAAAUAAUAUAAACUUACAAACACAAGUAAAAUAGUACCUAAAUAAAUUAUUUUUGUGAUGUUACCACUGAUAAGAGGUGUAUAUAAGAUGCUGCAAUUUACUCCUGAAAACCUCACUCUCCAGAAUUGAGUUCUUUAGGUUUCCACAAGUUUCACAUCAUGGAACUCAUAGAGCUGAUCACUAAAUUGUGCAAAAAGGUAUCGAGUUUCUACGAUUUUAUCUCACCCAAACAUGGGAAUUCUUCAAUUAUUGUCAAGUUGAAUUGUAAUAGCUCCAUAUGUGCUGCAAUGAAAAGUUUUGAGUGGUUUAGGUGAGUAUAACAGGGAUGUUGCAAUUCUCAGGCUAAAAGAAUGAAAGCUAUAAGUUCAGUGUAAUUUUGUAUUGGCAUACAAGAAAAUAUAUAAAAUAUAUUGACAAAAAAGAUUAAAAAACGCUUGUAAGGAAAAGCAGGUAAAUUAUUUCAAUAAUAAAGAACCUUUGCAAGCAUUGAAAUUAAACUCACAAACACAAGUAAAAUAGUUAGUACCUAAAUAAAUUAUUUUUGUAGGUAGUAAGGGACCUUUGAAGAUAUUAAAAUAUAAACUCACAAAAUCAAGUAAAAUAUAAGUAACAUAAAUAGGAAAAGAAAUGAAAUGAAAAUUAUCAACACAAACUAGAGAGUGAAACAUCACAAUCAUAAAAAUACACAUAUUUUUUUUUCAACAAAUUGUAGUUAUCAUGAACAACCGUUACCUUCCCAACAUUUUUAGGUUCAAAUAACGUUCUCUUACAAUCAGUAAUUAAGCUAGUAGUGGAAAACACAUGUUCACUCAGAGUACUGGUGCAUGAUAUACUUGGAUAAAACAUACUGAGCAAACAUGCUCAAGCAAGGAAACUGCUCCUUUGAUUUCUUCCAAAAACUCAAUAACUAUACUGGUAACAUCAUCUGGUGAAUUCCUUAUUAAUAGGUACAUUGAAACAUCAUCUCUUACUGCACUUUCAGACGAUAUCUUAGAAUUCUUGAAACAUUAAUUUUUUCUAAAUAAGUUGUUUUACUUAUUUUAUCAUUAGCAGAUUCGGCAGUAGGUUCUUCUGUAUCUUUGCUACACCCAAUAAUGGGUUCUUUAGGAUUCAAGGAUUCAGCAUACUGUAUGCUAGUUUGGAAUUUUUCUUCAAUACCAUAAUUGUAUUGCUAGUUCUUUUUCUUAUUUUUGUAAAGAAAGUUUUCGGGUUUGAUUAGGUAUGAUUUCAGGGUGAACGUUUAUUAUUGGCAGGCGGUGGGGAAGGGGGAAUUUGGUGGUUUUUGCAGUGGUUAAGUACAUCUUUGUAUUGAUCUAAUUAAGUAAAGUAUGUUUGUAGUAUAUCAAAAUACCUUUCCAUUUUUUAAACUUGAUGUACCAAAAUUAUGUUUUUGUUUAAUUUAUUGUAUUUCUAUCAAACCAGUGUAUUGUAUGUUCAAGCUUUUAAAUUUUUCUAUAUCAUGUUGUUUGUUAUUUACUCUUUAUUAAAUUUUUAAUUUCUUGACA